GAACUAGCAAACCUUUGCAGUGAUCAUCAGAAGUAAAUAGAAAAAUGAAGGUUUCGACAGUAUUUCUGUUAGUGGCGACUUCUAUAGUGUUGCUGUCAACUUCUGCGUCAGCAAAAAAUAUUAUUUGUUACUUCGCAAGUUGGACUGUAUAUAGACCAGGAAAUGGCAAAUUUGAUAUAGAAGACAUAGAUACAUCCUUAUGCACACAUAUUAUGUUUGGAUUUAUAGGUAUUACAACCGAAGGAAGAAUUUCGAUUUUGGACGGAUGGGAAUCAAACGAUGACGGAUUAAGGGGUUUUUCCCGCUUGGUUGACCUAACCAAGGUCAACCCAAACUUGAAGGUCUUGGUCAGUAUGGGUGGAUGGAACGAAGGAUCUGAAAAGUACUCAAUAGUUGCAGCUGAUCCCGCAAAACGUAAAGUUCUUAUUGAUGAAGUUAUACAGUUCCUUGGAGAACACAAUUUCCAUGGAUUUGAUCUCGACUGGGAAUACCCAGCACUAAGAAAUGGAUCCGAUAUUGACCCCGCAAAUUACGUGGAACUCCUCAAAGAACUUAAAGCAGCUUUAUCUCCAAAAGGAUACUUGUUGUCUGCUGCUGUAUCUGGAGGAGUUGCUAAUGCGGAUAUUGCUUACGAUAUUCCAGUUGUGAGCGAACUACUGGAUUUAAUCAACGUUAUGGUUUACGAUUUCCAUGGUGCUUUCGAAUCAUUUGUGGGCCACACUUCACCACUGUCUGCAUCAAGCAAAGAUGAUGCUGGAAAUGCAACUCUCAAUGUCAAAGCUGGUAUCCAGCACUGGAUAGACAAAGGUGCUGAUCCAGCCAAGAUGCACCUAGGAGUUGGCACUUAUGGUAGAAGUUUCACUUUAGCUGAUCCAAAUAAUGCAGAACUCUACGCACCAGUCCUUGGUGGAGGAAUUGCUGGUCCAUAUACACGUCAAGAAGGUGUUCUAGGAUACAAUGAAAUUUGUGAACUGCACAGCGACUGGACCUACAUUUGGGACGACGAACAGCAAGUGCCUCAUAGGGUGUCUGGCGAUCAAUGGGUUGGUUAUGACGACGAAAAGUCUAUCGCUCUGAAAGUAGAGUACGCCAAUGAGAAAGAGUUGGGUGGCAUAAUGGUAUGGUCCUUCGACAACGACGAUUUCCGUGGUAUUUGUGGAAGCGAAACUUACCCGCUUAUGCGUACAAUUAAGAGAACAUUGAAAUAAUUUAUUAAUUUAUUAUGUACAAGGUAAAUUUAAAAUAAAUCUUUUGUCAAUAGCACUGAUUCUGAAGUUAAGUCUUAGUCAUUAAAAACGAUUGAUAAGUGA